AUGGCCACAGUAUCCCCCAAUCCCGUGCCGUUCUCGGAACCGCCGUACCUGCGCGGACUCCCCUCCCCCUACUACACAGAAAGCCACCGUCAAUUCCAAAAACGAUGUCGCCAGUUCCUGUUCGAGAACCUGCUGUCGCGCGCCAUGGAAUUCGAGACGGCCGGUGAGGUCCCGGCCAGUGUUUUCCAGAAGUUCAACGAGCAUAACAUGCUCCUUCCCAAUCUCCCCGCUCCCUUGCCGGUCGACUGGCUGAAGCGACUGGACGUUCACGAUAUUUUGGGCGUCAAGGUCGAAGAAUGGGAUUAUAUCCACGCCGGAAUUUACGCGGAUGAACUCGGUCGCUCAGGUCUCAGCACCGGUGGCGGGAUCAACGCCGGCUUCGCGUUCGGCAUCCCCCCGGUCAUCAAAUUCGCUAGUCGGGAGCUUCAAGAGCGCGUCCUUCCCGAUCUCCUGCUGGGACGAAAGCGAGCCUGCAUCGCCAUCACCGAACCCGACGCCGGCAGCGACGUCGCGGGCAUCACCACGACGGCCGUGAAAUCCGAGGAUGGACAGCACUACAUAAUCAACGGGGCGAAGAAAUGGAUCACGAACGGGAUAUGGUCGGACAUAGCCACGAUGGCGGUUCGUACGGGCGGGCCCGGUCCUGGCGGUCUUUCCGUCAUCCUCGUCCCCCUGAAAGGCCACCCCGGCGUCACGUUGCGUCGAUUGAAAGUUUCCGGACAGGCCACGGGCGGAACCACCUACAUCGAGCUGGACGACGUCAAGGUGCCGGUGGGCAAUCUCGUCGGUCGCGAAGGCGAGGGCAUGCGCAUCAUCAUGACCAAUUUCAACCAUGAGCGUCUCCUGAUCAGCAUCGGCGUCACCCGUCAGGCUCGCGUCGCCCUCUCCACCGCAUUCUCCUACGUGAUGAAGAGACAGGCCUUCGGGAAACCCCUCAUGGACCAGCCCGUCGUGCGCCACCGACUCGCCAAGGCUGGCGCCGAGCUCGAGACCCUGUCGGCGUUCGUCGAACAGCUGCUCUACCAGCUCUGUCAUCUCAGCAAAGCCGAAGCGGAUCUCCAGCUGGGCGGAGUCACCGCAAUGGCUAAAGCAAAGGCGGGCAUGGUUCUGAACGAGUGCGCCCAGUGUGCUGUCUUGCUCUUCGGUGGAUCGGGCCUGACGGCUUCGGGACAAGGGGAGCUAGUCGAGGCUAUACUACGGGAUGUACCGGGUGCCAGGAUCCCCGGCGGCUCGGAGGACGUACUCCUAGACCUGGGGAUUCGGCAGCUCGUGAAGAUAUACAAGACGCAGGAGAAGAGGCUGGGAGAGUCGAAGCUCUAG